AUGAUGAAAAACGAUAGAUUUUUGCUGUUGUUGUUGUUCUCGUUAGUCUUUGUGAGUGCUUAUGGUAAAAAGAAACACGAAAAUCGACCGGUGGUGACUUACGAUUCGCGCUCUCUUAUCAUCAAUGGGACCCGAGAAUUACUUUUCUCUGGUUCUAUACAUUAUCCACGUAGCACACCAAAGAUGUGGCCUGACCUCAUCAGAAAGGCUAAGGAAGGUGGAUUGAACGUGAUACAAACUUAUGUGUUUUGGAAUAUUCACGAGCCUGUACAAGGGCAGUUCAAUUUCGAAGGCAACUAUGACUUGGUGAAAUUUAUCAAAACAAUUGGUGAGAAUGGUAUGUGGGUGACCCUAAGAAUUGGACCUUACAUUGAGGCUGAAUGGAAUUUGGGGUAUAUUGAGAACGAAUACAACAAUGUCCAACUCGCAUACAAAGAAGCCGGUCAAAACUAUGUUAAGUGGGCCGCAGAUUUAGCUGUGGGCCUACACAAUGGUGUGCCAUGGAUUAGUACUUGCAAUGGAAGACAAUGUGGUGACACUUUCCCAGGUCCAAAUGGGCCCGACAAGCCUUCUCUCUGGACCGAGAAUUGGACGGCCCAGUACAGAGUCUUCGGCGACCCGCCUUCUCAACGGGCGGCUGAGGACCUUGCAUUUUCCGUUGCUCGAUUCUUUGCAAGGAAUGGAACCCUCAACAACUAUUACAUGUACCAUGGUGGGACCAAUUUUGGGCGAACGAGCUCAUCUUUCGUGACAACCCGUUACUAUGAUGAAGCCCCACUAGAUGAAUUUGGUUUGAAGAGGGAACCAAAGUUCGGGCACUUGAGGGACUUGCACAGGGCACUGAGGUUGAGCAAAAAGCCAUUGUUUUGGGGCACUCAACACAUUCAAAAGAUUAGUGAAGACUUAGAGAUCACGACUUAUGAGAAGGAAGGAACAAAAAUUUGUGCUGCAUUCUUGACCAACAACAAUUCAAGGGAGGACGCGACUAUUAACUUCAGGGGCGUUGACUAUUUCUUGCCAGCUAAAUCCAUCAGCAUUUUACCUGAUUGUCGCACUGUAGUUUACAACACUCAAACGAAAGCAAAGUUUACUAAAUGGGAAAUGUACAAAGAAAGCGUGCCAAGCCCUCACGAUUUAGAGGUAAAGAGCAAGUCACCAAAGGAAUUGUACCAUUUCACUAAAGAUACCUCGGAUUAUGCAUGGUACAGCACCAGAAUCAACUUGGAAAGGCGUGACAUGCCAAGGCGUCCCGAUAUUCUUCCGGUGCUUCAGGUCGCGAGUCUUGGACAUGCAAUGCUUGCAUUCGUCAAUGGAGAAUACGUAGGUUUUGGGCACGGUAGCAAUGUUGAAAAGAGCCACGUUUUCAAAAACACUGUCAAUUUGAAGACCGGUGAUAAUGAGAUAUCGAUACUAGCAAUGACAGUUGGUUUGCCGAAUAGUGGUGCAUAUAUGGAGAAAAGGUUUGCGGGGCCUAAAAUUAUCACGCUUGAAGGACUCAUGUCGGGGACUCUUGAUAUUACCCGUAACUAUUGGGGCCAAGAGGUUGGUGUAGCAGGCGAGAAAAUGCAACUGUUUACUGAAGAGGGGUCAAAGAAAGUCAAGUGGGUUGACGCAAAUGCAACUCCUUCACCUAUUACCUGGUACAAGACAUACUUUGAUGCACCAGAAGGCGAAAACCCAGUGGCAAUUAGAAUGCCGAGCAUGUAUCACAUUCCAAGAGAGUUCUUGAAGCCAAAGGGCAAUCUACUCGUAGUGUUCGAGGAAACGGGCGGGAACCCAGAAAAGAUUGAGAUCGUGACCGUUAAUCGGGACACGAUCUGUAGUGUGAUCACUGAAUACCACCACCCACAAGUCAAAACGUGGGAGAGGAAAAACAAUGUGUUUCGAAACAUAACUGACCCAAUUAAAGCCGCUUACCUCACUUGCCCCGAUAACAAGUUAAUCACCAAAGUCGAGUUUGCAAGCUUCGGGAACUCGGAUGGUGCGUGUGGGAGCUUCAAGCCUAGCCCGUGUGAUUCUUCUGCGGUCCAUGGUCUUGUUGAAAAGCUUUGCAUGGGGAAAUCAACAUGCACAAUCCCAUUUGAAAGGGAGCACCUGCUUAAUGGCGGCAAAGAACUGUGCCCAAAUGUUGAAAAAACUUUGGCAAUUCAAGUGAAAUGUGGUCGCCCGAAAAAGAAUAAGGCUAAUGCUAUUAACAAAUUUAUUAGAGCUUGGGAUCCAUGA